AUGCUGAGCGUUAGACUCUCUGUCUUUUCUCUUUUCUCCCUCUCAAUCUCUCAGUUUUCUCUUUUAUCUCUCACAGUCGUGCGGCCUGCACCGACCACCAACAUGACUGCACCAAGCGGCAACGCCAGUUGCCGCCUUGCCGGCAAUUAUGUUGAUCACCUAAUCCUAAUCGAUUGGGUCGUUCCCCAAGUCCCCAUGGCUACUGGGAUCAAGUUUUCUGCUAUCUUACUGUUUUCCAUGGCGAUCUCCUUCAUGAACCUUGGUGCAUUAUUUUCAGAGAAUGUGCCUGCUCUAAGCACCAUCUCCGCUUCUCCUGCUGUUUUACCUGGUCUAGCCCCAAAUAUAUCAACAUUUUUUCCUUCACCAAGCACCCAAUCGCCCCCAGAUGUUGCUCAGGCACCUGCACCGGCACCCAGUUCGGGUGAGUUUGUAGGGGUAAAGAGCUUAUCUAGUUCGCCUAAUUUUGCAAGUGAGCUUGCUGUAUUUGGUAUGUCGAUCUCUUGCUUCUUCUCACUAGUACUAUAAACGGGUGUUUAAGGAGUUGUCGAAUUAAAUAAUAAUUGUAGAUCAAUCUAAAUUGCUGUAUUUUCAGUAGUAGCACUUUUACUUGCUAAAGCAGAUCUAUUGCUUUAUUGAAUCGAAAUGUGUUGCAAUAUGCAUUGCUUGUGCAAACAAGGACUUGGUCCACUAUAUUUCAUCAAGUCUGAUAUGAUAGCGAGUCGUACUUUGUGGUGAGUUUUGUUUCGACAUUAUCAAUAAGGACUCCAACUUACAGAGGUGGAUGCUA